AUGGCUACCGUGCCCACUCGAAAGUGCAUCGGCCUUGACUGCGCCAACGAUGCAGGGACUCUGCAAUGUCCCACCUGUCUAAAGACGGGCACUGACAGUUUCUUCUGCUCCCAAGAGUGUUUCAAGCGGAGCUGGACCGACCACAAGACCAUCCACAAGAAGAGUAAUAUCCUUACCAACCUUUUCCCCCCGAAAGUAGUUUCUGAACCUGAUCCAGCUACCGGCCAUUUCAAUCCGUUCCCCUCGUUCAACUUCGCUGGCUCCCUGCGCCCUGUCUAUCCACUAUCUUCCACUCGCACCAUCCCCAAAUCCAUUCCGUAUCCCGAUUACGCACGAGAUGGCAUUCCUCGCUCGGAACAAAAGCUGUUUGGUCAACACAGUAUCAAGAUUUUGAACAAGGAGGAACAAGAGGGAAUGCGUGUGGUUUGCCGCCUGGCCCGUGAGGUCUUGGACAUAGCAGGGCGCGCAUUAAAACCGGGUGUGACUACCGAUUACAUUGACGAAUUGGUCCACAAAGCUUGUAUUGAGCGUGAGUCAUAUCCUUCGCCGCUAAACUAUAUGCACUUCCCCAAGUCUGUGUGUACCUCCGUCAACGAGACUAUCUGUCACGGUAUCCCAGAUCAACGACCAUUGGAGGAUGGCGACAUUGUCAACAUUGAUGUGACUCUGUACCAUAAGGGUUUCCAUGGCGAUAUCAACGAAACCUACUAUGUAGGAGAUAAAGCCUUAGCAAACAAAGAGGCGGUUCGGGUGGUGGAAACCGCGCGCGAAUGUUUGGAUAAGUCAAUCGAGUUGGUAAAACCCGGUAUGCUCUUCAGGGAUCCUGGGAACGUCAUUGAGAAACAUGCCAAGGCCCAGAACUGCAGUGUGGUUAAAACAUACUGCGGUCACGGCAUCAACCAACUAUUCCAUUGUGCACCUAACGUCCCUCAUUAUGGAAAAAACAAGGCUGUUGGUACUGCUAAGCCCGGCAUGUGUUUUACGAUUGAGCCGAUGAUCAAUAUCGGUACGCAUCGGGACCGUACAUGGCCCGACGACUGGACUAGCACUACUGCUGAUGGAGCUUUGUCAGCGCAAUUCGAGCAUACACUAUUAGUGACAGAAGACGGCGUGGAGGUCCUCACAGCCCGAUUCCCAGACUCUCCUGGUGGACCUGUUCCCAUUCCACGCACAGAAUAG